AUGGCUCCCUCUACCUUCAAGCUCAACACUGGCCAGGAGAUUCCUGCUCUUGGUCUCGGUACCUGGCAGUCUCCCGCCGGUGAGGUCGAGAAGGCCGUUGCAUACGCUCUCAAGGACGGCUACAAGCUGAUCGACUGCGCCUACUGCUACGGAAACGAAGAAGAGGUUGGUGCUGGUCUUAAGGCUGCUUUUGAGGCUGGUGUCAAGCGCGAGGACAUCUUUGUUGUCACCAAGGCCUGGGCUACUUACAACACCCGCCCUGAGCUUGGUCUCGACAAGAGCUUGAAGGCCCUUGGUCUUGACUACGUUGAUCUCUUCCUUGUGCACUGGCCUCUUCUCCUCAACCCCGAGGGUAACGACGACAAGUUCCCCAAGAAGGCUGAUGGUUCCCGAGAUGUUAUUCGAGACUACAACCACGUCGAGGGCUGGAAGCUCAUGGAAAAGCUCCCCGCUACUGGCAAGACCCGUGGUGUCGGUGUCUGCAACUACAGCAAGAAGUACCUCGAGGAGCUUCUGCCUCAUGCCACUAUCAUCCCCGCCGUCAACCAGAUCGAGAACCACCCCAGUCUUCCCCAGCAGGAGAUUGUUGACUUCUGCAAAGAGAAGGGCAUUCACAUUGAGGCCUACAGUCCCUUUGGCAGCACUGGUGGCCCCGUCAUGACUGCUGAGCCUGUUGUCAAGAUUGCUGAGAAGAAGGGUGUCUCUGCUUCUACCGUCCUCCUCAGCUACCAUGUCGCCCGUGGCAGCACUGUGCUCGCCAAGUCCGUCACCCCCGAGCGUAUCACCGCCAACAAGACCAUUGUCGACCUCGACGACGAGGACAUGAAGGCUCUGAACGACUACUCGGAAAACCUUGUCAAGAAGGGUGAGGUCAAGCGAUAUGUCUACCCUCCCUUCGGCAUCGAUUUCGGUUUCCCCGACAAGUCAUGA